GCCUUCUAAAGCAAGCUCAUUAGUCGCUCAGAGCAGCACCGGCACCGCGACAGAUUUUUUUUCUUAUCCUUCUUUUUUCAUACACGUCCGUCAAUCGUUAAAAAUCUUUAAGAAAUCUAAUCGACUAAUCCCUUUCCCUUAGUUGGUGUCACUUCCUUUUUCUCACACAAACACACACGCACACACAUACACACAUUUUAUCUUUCACUUUUACCUUUAUUGUACAUUAAUUUUCUUUCUCUAUUUUUCACACAUACAACCUCUUUCUAUAUCUCUCGAAACUUUUGUUUUUUCCUCAUUUUGUCCACUUUUCUUACAACAUAUACAUAUAUAAAUUAUUUUCUUCGUUCACGUAUCCACCACGUUGUAUGGUUGUAACAAUACGUUGAUAAAGGGAAUGGUAAUAAAAAAAAAAAAAAAUUAAGGAAAGUUACUUUGGAUCAUUGGAUUGGAUUGGCGUGCACGUGCGAGGUAGCUAACGAAGUACGGGGGAGCGUCGAACUCUGAACGCGCGUUACGAUUAAAGGAAAGCGUGCAGGGACCCGAGUCGAAUGUCACGGACUAGGUCGAUCUAAGUGUCGUGGCACUAAUAAAGAUCGGAAGAGUUUACGUAUGGAACGAUGUUAAAUCACGUACUGGCAUAAAUUUUCUCAACGUGAGCGAGAGGAUCGAGCCAUUUAUCUGAAUAGAAGAUUGUCCUUGUGAGGUGAGGUCAAAUUAUAGAAACAUAGAAGACGUAACAUAUAGACGAACGAAGACAGAAAGAUAGACAAAUGGAAAGACUCGAUUGUUUUCGAUUGGUCGUAAUAGAAAAAAAAUAACGAGUGAAGAAGAAAAAAGAAAAAGAAGAAGAGGAAAAAGAGGAAGAAGAGGAAGAGGAAGAAGGAAGAGUAAGAGGAGAUUGAAGUUGUAAAACUUUCUCGUAGUAAAAAAAAAGAGUAGAACGUGCUUUCGGGCAAGCUCUGUGUGGGCGUCGAGGUGAACGUAGGUCAUCGACACGACGUCGAUGAAGAUCUGAGGAAUAAUUGGAAGAGGACAUUGGUAACCAAAUAGAAGAUCGGGUAGUAGUACCUAGUUAGAAAGAUCUUCUGUUUCUUUUUUUUUUUUUUCUUUUUUUUUUCUUUUUUUUUUUCUUUGGUUAGUUGAUUGUUAUUGUUGUUGUUAUUGCUAUUGUUGUUGUUGUUGUUGUUGUUAUUGUUGUUGUUGUUGUUAUCAUCGUCGUCGUCGUCGUCGUCGUCGUCGUCGUCGUCGUCGUCGUCGUCGUCGUCAUCGUCGUCGUCGGCCGAUGAUCAACGUCGAGACACCGACGUUCCGACAUUAUACACUCAAGUUCCCGAUGCUGCAGCCACCCUCUCCGCUUUUGGAGAUGGCGUCCCUGCGUUUACCGGACUCGGAGGAGUUCGACGUCGACACGCGUCGUAGGAGCAACAACGGCAACAUGCUACCUACGACGAUAGCUACUACUCCACCGGUUACCGGUACAUUUCAACAGAUCAAGAAUGAUGUUGGUGAUUAUUUAAAUAAUUUAUUGGUCGAGGCCAUUACCAUUAGUCCUAGCCGUGAUAUUGGAGCACCCUCUAUCGAGGAUGAACAAACUGGACUUUUCAACGCUAGUAAAACGGAAAAUAAUUCAACGAUCGAGCAAUUACCUGAUCGACUUUAUAGGCAUACCAUGGCCAUGUCAGCGGUUUAUUGCGUGGCCUAUGUUCUCGUAUUUGUCGUUGGUCUUAUCGGGAACAGUUUCGUAAUAGCUGUCGUUUACCGUUCACCAAGGAUGAGGACCGUCACCAAUUUCUUCAUCGUCAAUCUCGCUGUCGCUGAUGUAUUGGUCAUCGUAUUUUGCUUACCGGCAACACUGAUGAGCAACAUAUUUGUCCCUUGGAUACUUGGAUGGUUCAUGUGUAAAGCGGUUGCUUAUAUACAGGGUGUAUCGGUUGCAGCUUCGGUUUACAGUCUCGUAGCAGUUUCACUCGACAGGUUCCUGGCAAUUUGGUGGCCACUAAAAUGUCAGAUAACAAAACGACGAGCCAGGAUGAUGAUCGUUGUGAUCUGGUUCAUCGCAUUGACGAUAACAUCGCCUUGGUUGGUCUAUUUCAACUUAGUAUCGAUUUACGAUGAUGAUCCAGAUUUGAGGUUAUGUUUGGAGACAUGGCCACGUCCCGAGGAUGGUUCCCUCUUCUUUUUGAUUGGAAAUUUGACUCUAUGUUAUGUAUUACCGAUGAUCCUGAUAUCACUUUGUUACAUAUUGAUCUGGAUAAAAGUUUGGCGUAGGCAUAUACCAACCGACACGAAGGACGCCCAAAUGGAACGGAUACAGCAAAAGUCAAAGGUGAAAGUGGUGAAGAUGUUGGUGGUCGUCGUUAUCCUAUUCGUCCUAUCAUGGCUACCUCUUUACGUAAUAUUCGCAGUAAUAAAAUUAGGCGGUGAUGUUGCCGGCCAAGAAGACGAGAUAUUACCUAUAGCAACACCAAUAGCUCAAUGGCUCGGUGCAAGCAAUUCCUGUAUCAAUCCGAUCCUUUAUGCAUUUUUCAACAAGAAAUAUAGACGCGGCUUCGUCGCGAUAUUAAAAAGCGGCCGUUGCUGCGGUAAAUUAAGAUAUUACGAAACUGUAGCAAUGAUGUCCUCGUCAACGAGCAUGAGAAAGUCAUCCUAUUAUGUUAACAAUAACAACAAUAACAAUAAUAAUUCGUCAACGAGACGUGCCCCUUGUCAUGGACCACCUGUUCAUCAGGAUAGCAAUGUUUCUUAUAUAUUCAAUCACACUGGUGUUUAAGAAUGAAAUUAAAAAAAAAAAAAUACAAAUGAAAAAGUAAAAAGAAAUAAGAUGUCUAGAUUGAUAACGGGACGACCAUUUUGCACCAUGUUCUGUAUCACUCAGAGAAAGAGAGAGGGAAAGCAAGAGAGGAAAGAGGAAAGAGUAUGAGAUAGAAAUAGAUAUAUCCUGACACGGUCGAUCAGAAGGGAAUCGAAUAAAUCGAAGAAGGUGGAGAUGGAAGUGGAGGUGGAGGUGGAGGUGGAAAUGGAGGUGGAGGUGGAAUUAAAGGAAUAGGAAUAGAAAAGCAUAUAAAGGUUGCUGCUUUUAGUCCAACGACUUGGUGUAUUAGACUUGAUCGGGUCUCUAGACUCUGAGGCCUGAGAGCCGAGGAUCACUCAUGGAUUUUUUUUUUCUCUCUAUUAUCAAAACGGAGAGCGCCGACACCGAGAUUCUGGGUCAUCACAAUGAUGAUCGUCACGAUUGUUACUCGGGUCGGAAGUCGAUGAUGAUAAGUAGAAGAAGAAGAAGAUACGAAGAAAAUAUUAAAAUAGAUAAAAAGGGCACGUUCAGUUAAUUCGACGAUACGAAUAUCUUACUAUUGACUCGUUACAUCAACUCGAGUAUAUUUAUCGAGGAUAAAGAAAAAAUGGAUGGAUGGAUGGAUGGAUGGAUGGAUGAAUGAUGGAUGGAUGGAUGGAUGAUGGAUGAUGGAUAAUAUAGAAUUAGAUCCAUCGACGAAAGAACAAUACUCCGGACACGGUUUACGAAUAAACGAAGAUUUUUCACGUCCUUGCUAAUUAUCGGGGAUAUUUGCUGAUUAAUUUUUUUGAAACAAUGAUAUAUAUAUAUAUAUAUAUAUAUAUAUGUAUGUAUGUAUAUGUAUAUUUGUUUUUUCGACGAUCUUUACGAGAACGUCUCUCUUUUUCUCAAAGCGAAGAAAAUUUAUUCAAAUAUUGUCAUCUGUUCGAGAGAAAAAGAAGAAGAAGAAGAAGAAGAAGAAGAAAAAGAAGAAGAGGAAGCAGAAAAGAAAAAUAGUUAAAAAUAAGAGCUUAGAUUUUUCUUCGCAUUCCAGAGAAUAGAGAGUUAGAGUUCGUUUUUUAUUGGAAUACUAAUUUCACGUGGAUCGAUUGUGCUCGAUCAGCAUAUUAGAAAUUAGCCUGUCCAACGAGAACUUUUGUCAGUACACAUAUUUCAUGUGAUUUUCAGCGAACAUAAUAAUAAUAAUAAUAAUAAUAAUAAUAAUAAUAAUAAUAAUAAUAAUAAUAAUAAUAAUAAUAAUAAUAAUAAUAAUAAUAGUAAUAAUACAUAUUAAUAAUAAUCGCAUACAUAUAAACAUACUAAUACGCAAACACAAACACGGACACAAAAUGCGAAAUAAAAAAUAAGUGUUCGACAGUACGUCGAUGAUCCUUCGAUUUUUUGUGGUCACUGCCUAAACAGUGUUGAAACAAUUGUUACCAAAAAUUUCAUAGAUUGCAAUAACAUGAUAAAUGACUUUUGGACUCUGGAAUUUUUUAAUUACUUGUAAAUCGAACGAAAUAUUGAAAGUCCAGAGAAUAUUUCAAGAUGGAAUUUAAAAAAAAAAAAAAAAAAACAUUUCUAAUGACAUUUAACCAAACGCGUUUAGAAACGCGCCGGUCCACGCACGCAAUGUGAAUAUUAUUGUGUACUUAUAUAUAUGUAUAUAUAUAUACAUAUAUAUUACUGAAUUGUCUAAUACAUACAUAAAUAUAUACAUACAACUUUAUCUUAGCGAAAAUCGACUCUAGUAGAGUAUAUACUACUUAUAUAUAUAUAUAUAUAUAUAUAUAUAUGUAUAUAUAUAUAUAUACCUAUACAUAUAAUUAUAUAUAUAUAUUAUAUAUACAUAUAAAUAUAACUAUAUAUAUAUAAUAUAUAUAUACAUAUAUUUUCUUACCGGAACAUUAGUUGACCUAGUCUUAUCGAGUUUCUCGAGGGUGCCACACACGUACACACUUAUGGAUCAGAUUAGAUUGAGAAGGACAAGAGAGAAUGAAGUGUAUAAGAUUUAAGUGAUAUUGUUAGGAGAGAGUUAAAGGUUAAAAUCACAUUGUGAAGGAGAAAACGAAUUUUAACGCGAAAUACAAACAAGAGAGUCAGAGAAAGAGAGAGAGAGAGAGAGAGAGAGAGAGAGAGAGAGAGAAUGUGUGUGUGUGUGAAAAAGAGAGAAGUAGAGAGAAAGAGAGAUAUACUUACAUACAUAUAUAAAUACAUAAAUAAAUACAUAUGUAGAUACUUACGAGAGAGAGAGAGAGAGAGAGAGAGAGAGAGAGAGAGAGAGAGAGAGAGAGAGAGAAUUGUAUCGAGCGAAGAAAAAGCAAUACGUGUAGCUGGCCUUCGUUUAAUUGAUUUAUCUUCUCGAUUAAUUAUUAAAAAUUCUUCGUCUGUAUAAUUGUCGUUUGUAUUACUCCCGAUGGGUUCGAAAGUGUUUCAUUAUAUACUCUCAUAUACUUAUAUACAUCCGAACAGAUAUCUAAGUAUAUAUAUAAUAUCUUAGUAUAUAUGUAUGUAUGUAUGUAUGUAUGUAUGUAUGUAUGUAUGUAUGUAUGUAUGUAUGUAUGUAAAUAUAGAUUUUAAUAAUAUAACGGAUGAUGAACGCAAUCAUCGCCGACAAUAACCCGUUAUAGCCCUUUAGCAUAUAUUUGUAUGUAUAUCGAAUGAUACGUAUUACUAGAUACUAGUAGUCUUUCGUUUUUUAUCUUUUUUUCUUCUUCUUCUUUUCUUUUUUUUUUUUUUCUCUUCUUUUUUUCUUAUUUCUUUUUCAUAAAACAGUAAAAGAAAGAAAAGGAAUGAAGAAAAAGAAAAAAAAAAAAAAAAAGGGAAACACAAAAUUUCAUUAUCGUCAUAUUCGUCGUUUGUCCGGCUGAGAGAGCUUUCGUUAUUUUAUUGGAAAAAAAGAAAAAAAGAAAAAAAAAAAAAAGAAAAAGAAAAGAAAGGAAAAGAAACAAAAAAAGGAAAGAGAAAGAGAAAAAGGAUAAAGAAGCUCUUGAUCGUUCUCGGGCAAAUAUCUAAUUUUAAGUUAAAAGAAACUUUAAAAGUUCAUUGUAUAAUCAAUGACUCAUGAGUUCGAUUAAUCAAGGCCAUUUUCAAGUGGCCGAUAGAUACUCGCUCUUUCUCUCUCUCUCUCUCUCUCUCUCUCUCUCUCUUGGAUAUAACAUUUACAGUUUUAAACGUAAGUGAUCCUUGAUAUUUAAUACAAUGAUGAUCUGAUGAUCUUUUCGAUACGACCGACAUUAACGAUUUCUCUUAGGAUAAAAGUGUUUUUUUUUCCUUUUUUUUCUUUUUCUUUUUCUUUUUUCUUUCCUUUUUUUUUUUUUUUUUUUUUUUUCUUUGCAUCCUCGCUAACACAAAACAAUCUACAGGGUUGAAGUUCCAUCUAAUUAGAGAAAAGAAAAGGAGAAGAGAAAAUAGAAGUACGAAACAUAUAUUUAUAUACAUAUAUACAUAUGUACGUACAUACAUACAUACAUACAUACAUGCAUACAUACAUAUAUAUAUAUAUAUAUAUAUAUAUAUAUAUAUAUACAUAAAUACAUACGUAUGUACGUACUUCUACGGAUAUAUCUAUAUACAGUAUCGUAUUUGAAAUCAGUACGAUCUGAAUUUUUCUAAACACACAUUGAAUGAAGAAAUACGGUGAAUUUGUUGUUUGAGUUAAUCUGAACGUACGAUCUUGGAAAAGAUCACAGAAUUUUCUUGCGACAAACAGGAAUCAUGUUUCUUGUUCCAUGUUUACCGACCAAUUUAUUAUUAUUAUUAUUAUUAUUAUUAUUAUUAUUAUUAUUAUUAUUUUUAUUAUUAUUAUUAUUAUUACUAUUGUUCUUGCUCUUGUUGUUGUUGUUAUUAUUAUUAUUAUUAUUGUUAUUAUUAUUAUUAUUAUUAUUAUUAUUAGUAUUAUUGACGAAAUGAUUCGCCUUUUAAAGAUAAAGAAAUAAAUAAAGUGCAUCGAGAUGCACAUGCAGUUAUGUAACCUGCAUAGACCUCGUAUCUAGUUCUAUCUAUCUCUCUCUCUCUCUCUCUCUUUAUCCUAAACAAACAGUAUGUUAAUGAUGUUAUUACCAUAAUUUUAAUUUUGUAAUAACAAUACAAACAUACCAAAGAAAAGAAAACUAAUAUAUAUAUAUAUAUAUAUAUACGAUUUGUAGAGAGAGACAAAGAAAGAGAAUAUAUAUAUAUAUAUAUAUAUAUAUAUUUUCUUCCUUUAUACAAUAAUAAAUGUAUAAAUAAAAACAAAACAAAAAAACAUAUGAACGGCAUGUUCGGAAAAAUUUCUUGUACGAAAGUAGUCAUUUUCAUCGUAACACUUUAUAGAAAUAAUAAAUAAAUAAGACGAACGGAGUAGACGAACUAAUCUCUCUAUAGGUGUUCGGGGUUGGGGUGGGAGGGGUUGGACAGAGAGAUGGGUGGGGAAAGUUUCUCUCUUUACGGGUGCUGCGCGCGGGAUUUUACGAUAGAGCAAUUAUUUUCGUAAAGUUUUUAUACGAUUGAAAAACAAGACAGGAUUAUAGUUGUCACUAUAAUGAGCCGGCGAAAUAUGUAUACCUUAGGAAAAAAAAAAAAAAAAGGAAAAAAAAAGAAAAAAAGAAAAAGAAGAAAAAAGUAAGAAAGGAAAGAUUAUCGCGAGAUAACGUAUCCUAUUUAUUCAUAUCCAAUUGUAAUUAGCCUAAGGAUACGUAAAUAAAUUAACAUAUAUAUCUCAUGAUGAGAAUUUAUAAAAUUGAAAAGUAAUAAUAAUAAAUGAUUGUAAAACGAGAGAACGUGAAUAUAAAUACAUACAUAUGUAUGUGAUUUUUUUUAAGAUUGAUAUAUUCCGAAUGAAAAUUCAUUAAGAUUCGCCGUAAAUUUUUAAUGUAUUGUAUUGUAUAUCGAUUGUGUGCUGACAGUAUCUAGAUUAAAAAAGAAAAAAAAAAAAAAAAAAGAAAACAAAAAGAAAAGAAAAAAAGAAAAAAUACAGGAUAAAGUUUCGAUCGAUGUCGAAUGUAUGCGAGAUACUUUGGGAAUUGUUUACGAUUCUAUAUCGUAAUGUUUGUUUUACGUGAAAUGCAAGGGGAUGUUUUUACGAGAAUGAAUAUAAUAUAUGUAAUGUAAUAUGUAUAUAUAUAUAUUCAUAUACACAUACAUAUACACAUAUGUGUAUAUAUAUAAAUACAUAUAUAUGUGUAUAUAUUUACUUAUAUGUUUGUAAUAGAUGCAUUAAGAUUUAAGCGUACGGUUUAGUUGUCUGCAUGUAAAUAGAUAAUUAUUUAUUAUAUUAUCUAACGUUACUAUUAUAUACCGUUGUUAUACGAUACUUGCCGUAAAAAAUAGUACGAAAAAAUUCAUCUUUCUUCUUCUUCUCUCUCUCUCUCUCUCUCUCUCUCUUUCUGUCUCUUUAUCUUUCUCUAUUUUUUCUUUUUCUAUCAUCGCAAAUUUUUGCGAUAUGUCCUUUUAUUUCUUCCUUCCCUUCUUUCUUUCUUUUUGUUUUUCACAUAUGCUUUAGAAUCCAGUUCAUUAAUUUUAAUUCCUUUGUAUAGAUUCAAUCCUCUGUGCUCCUUUCUGAAAAAAUGAUCUCGAUUAAUUAAUUGUUUGUAUAAUAACGAUAAAUACGGUGAGCGAUGUUUUCAAAAAAAAAAAAAAAAAAAAGAAAAAAGAAAAAAAAUAAUAAUAAUAA